GGCCAUCCGCUCGAUCGCAGAACCAGGAAACCAGCAGCUAUCGGUCAAGCAUGAAGGUUCAAUCUAUUGCAGUUUUUGUCGCCGCGGUCUUUAUGGGAUUCGCUCUGGCAUCUCCGGUCCCAGGGGCGGAGCCUGGUCCCCCAGUUGAUCGAGUUCCUUGCGGAUGCACAAAUGCUUGCAUUAUUGCCUGUGGAGACAAGCCGAAUUGCAAUUGUCCCAAAUUUUGCGGUAUAUCCCUUUUCUCUCUCCAAUAUUUCUGGCGUGGUUUGACUGACUGAGAGACAGACCUGAAAUAUGCCUGCCCCACAACAACGACCGUGGAACCAACACCGUAUCCAACACCGAGUUUUCCCCCAGGAACUACCUGUGGAUGUCAUAACUCUUGCACACUCUAUGGAUGCGGACCGGAUAUUCCGAAGGAUCAGUGUGUUUGCCCGCAAUUUUGCGGUUCGUGCAGUCCUAACACCCCACCGCCUAUUAGCCAAGUCUAAUCUAGUAUAGACCCCAUCUAUGAAUGCCCGACAACAACCACCACCACUACCAAACCGACGCCAACUUUCACCUGCGGCUGCACGAAUUCUUGUAAGAUUGCUUGCGGUGGAAAGCCAGGGUGCAUUUGCCCUGAGUAUUGCGGUAAGUAGCCCUCUCGAGAUUGAGCGAUGAUGAAGAAUCCUAAUAUCCAUUGUGUAUAGAUCCGAAGUAUGAGUGCAAGACGACUGUUUGAGUUAGAUGUAAUUAGUUCU